GCUGCUGAAUUGCGAUCCCCUUUCUAAAUUGUAGAGACAGGUCACCGCUGAACCCAUUCGUAAACUUAAUGGGUCAUCAUCUCAUCCGACAUCCUUGAUCUUCACGCGCACGCCGUGUCUGUAUGUCAGCUGCCCUCCCGUCACCUUUCAAGAUGCGUCACGCCGUCGCCAUCGGAGCGCUCCUUUUCCUGUUUGCUCGCCCGUCAGACAGCUUGUCAGGUGACAAAGUGAUGCUGAAGGACGUACAGGUUCUCACCUUGCGCCAGGGACAGUACACCACCGGUCGCCGGUCCCACCCGGUGCCUCAGCUGAACUGUCGCGGCGGCAGCGCCGGCUGCCAGGAUCAACCCGCGGUUGUUCAAUGCUACAACCGGGGAAGCGACGGCCGAGACGCACAGUGGGAAUGCAAGGCCGAGAUGAAGAAAACGCAGAAGUUUGGUUUGAUUCAGGUUACAUGCGAAGGAUACGACUAUCCUAAAGACGAAUAUGUACUGGUGGGAUCUUGUGGGCUCGAGUACUACCUGGAGAGAACAGAGCAUGGCGGUGGCUCAAGUGGGCAGCACAGACACAAUGGAUAUCCCCGCUACACCAGUGCAUUUUCGUCCUUCUCGAAUGCCAUCUUUUUCGUUCUCGUUGCACUUGGUGCCUGCGUUUUCUGCCUGUGUUGCGUGGCCCUGUGUGCGGAAGACACCCGUGGUCACCUCCAAUGGCGUUCAGCGCACAGUGCUGGCUACCGACCGUUCAUAAUCCGACAAAGAGCUGUCCCCAGUGCACCGCCUCCUGAUUACGGCCUGUACGACGCCCCUCCGUCUUACUCAGCCAGCCAAUAUCCGUACACAAACUACGGGUGCGCUCGAGGAUUUCGGCCCGCAAGCACAUCAGAAGGACCUGGCUUCUGGACUGGUGCAGCUACAGGAGGCCUACUAGGCUAUUUGUACGGAAAUAGGGGCUGCGACAGAGGCGAAAGGACAGUGCAUGCUGCUCCCAUCGAAAGAACUUUUGAGCCGGCGUCAUCCCUUGGAAACAGUUCGUCGAAUGAGGAAUACACAGCUACUGAUGUCAGUAGCGUGUUGAGCGACGUGAUUACAUCUACUGAAACUGCCCACUGUGACAUCACGGAUUGCAACACCAUCUUUCUGAAGCUUGUCAAUUAAAAAAACAGAGCUAUGCCAGGUUAAACAGUAAAACACAAAAUUGGUCCAUCGUGCACAAAACAAAUAUAAAUACAAAAUGCUACAUAUGUGACGUCAUACAUUUACACAACAAAUUAACUAUCACAUGAAACUUAUUCAUCCACGCAACAUAGGCUGCACCUCGUAAUUGUAACUACACUAGCGACCCUUUUUGGGGGAGUAAAAUACUUCACUGCUGUUUUUAAUCUUCCAUAACCCAUAAUGGAGCACGUUCAGUCAGCAGGAAUACGAAGACUCGAUAAUGGAGUUAAGUAUAUAAUAAACCGUCACUCCCGCAUAAAGGAGUUGCCGAGACACCAUGUUUUUUUGUUUUUUUUUUUUGAAGGGCAUGCUUAAGAAUUUCUCUUGAGGGCGUAACUCUGCCUCAAAAUAAUCAUCAGCCUAGCGUGAAUUUUUUCAUGAUAGGAAGUUACUGUGGCAAAGAUAACGCAGACGAGAUUUACGAUUAUUGCGAUACAAAUUUGCACACUAAACAGCAAAAACAAUAGACUCUAAUUUCCAAAGACAUUUGCACAAUUAUUCCAAACUGAGCAUGUUUCAUCCCACUGUAUCAGCAAGCGAGUCCGUUGUGUGGGACCACGCUCAGAAGCAGUGAGCACCUCGAGCUUCCAUUAGUUAUUAUUAAUGCGAAUAGCAUUCUUGGCAUACUUAGACCAGUUUUCUUUCUAGAUAAGCUGUCUUCAUAUCCCAGCAAAAACAUGGCCGUUCAAACCUCUUUGACGCCAACUUGGGUAACUGUGUAUGUGCGACUGGGUGUGCACGGAGUUUAUGGUGGCCUAGCCGAAGGCCCAGCAUGUCCAUAGGGAACCUCGAGAGAGGAGCCCGACCAUAGUACACGCCUUAGAUGAGGCAUUUCGGCUAUUCGCAGACUUAGAUAGUCAUCUCAGAUGGGUUCCGCCCGAUCUUGUUUAUUUUUCCGACAUUCCAAAGAAUGCUCUGGCAAGCAAGUGUAAUUGACAUUAACAUGCCCAGCGUUUCCUGUGAUUGGACAUAUCAGAAUGCUCGAAGCAAGCAGAACUCAUACGUCACCUUUUUCUUGUUUCUUCGUUUCAGGCUUUGGCGGAACCGACAGGAGGUAGUUGUGAAAUGCGUCGUUCCGGCUUGGCGAAUAAAAAUUAGCAGCGCAUCAGAAUUCAAAUUACCGUAUCAUUUACCAUAACCAUUUAAAACAGUCACAGUAGGGAAAACA